GUUUCUAGAGUAAAUGUAAGAAAGUGCAAGAGAAGAAGAUGAAGCUGAAUUACUUUCUCAGCAGUCUUUUGGUCAUGCUGUGUAUCUUUGGUGUUUUUGCGACAGAAUGUUGUACGAAAACCGGCAAAGACAAGGCCAAAGUUACAGAGAUUUUGAGUUACGUGCAUCAAAACAACGCACUAUGCCCCGUCAGCGCUGUAAGAUUCCUUUUAAUCAACGGCAUAACCAUAUGCUCUGAUCCAAAGGAUCCUUGGGCCAAGCGUAUCAUAACGAUUCUGGAUAGAACCACAAUACAACCAAGCGCGAAAGAUACCACUAAAAGAAUAUCUUCACCUGGAAUAACUACAGAAAGCACAGUGACCAUGACAACACCCAAAGUCACAUCAAGCACAUGGAAGCCAACAACAUACACCCAUAGGUUUUUGGCCAAACAGCCACUUGGGAAGACAAGUGGACAACAGACAACAACGCAAAUUACAACAAUGAAGAAGACAAUGAAGUUGACGACUGUAAUGGACAGUACACCAUUGAUAACGGACAUCAAGACGACUGACAUGACCACGACCAUGACCACAGAAAGCCCAGUGACCACGACAACACCUAAAGAAACAUCCAUCACUCAUACAGCCUCGACCAAAAAAUUGCCUAGGAUUACCAGAAUACCACAACACUGGACAUCAACGAAGCAAAGUACAACCAUUAUGGAAAGGCCGACAGUUACACCUGAAAGAAAGUUGACUUCCAUGACCAUGACUACAUCUAAAGGAACAUCAACCACAUGGAAACCAACAGCAUACAUUACAACAAAGCAAGAAACCAGAGUGACCAUGAAAACACCUAAAGAUACAUCAGCUCUCGACUGGACUGAACAUUUUUGUCUUCAGUCAGAUACACAAGAAACAUGGUACUGUUACGAUGGUUAGCUUAAAUAUAUUUGUUAUUUUCUAUUCACAUGGUUUUGUAUCUUUACUGAAAACUAUGUACAUUUGUAAAUGCACAAUAUGCUCAACAUGGCAUGAAGGUAUAGGAUAUAAUAACAAUCAGAAAAACCCUCAUUACUCCAGUAGCAUUUUUACUUACAGACGUAAUGUCUAGAAAGGAGACACACCAUACAUCAAUUAUACAUCACUGAUGACAGGCUCUUCUUAAAAAAUCAACACACUUUCACAGAACACCAAAAAACAGACUCUAAUGAGGACAGGAAGCAGAUGACAUCACUAGUACGUCCAAAUGGAAGCCGAUGACUGGACAGAACUUUUUUGUCACUGGACUUAAAUACAAGAAACAUGAUAUUAGUACUUCUAUUACUCUGAUUACGCAGAACUUAAUACAUUUUUCUUAGUAGUUUGUGGAAUAUUGAUAUAUUUGUUUUUCUACUUGUAAGAAUAGUAUUUUUGUGCAUCAGCCUUAGAAAAUAAAACAUGACCUAUAUUAAUCUUACUGACAGUAUCAAUAUUGCUACGGUUAACACAUUGUGAUGAAUAAUAUGUGGUUAACAAACAGACAUGACAGGUAUGUAGUACGCAAACCUUUGUGUCGUAUUUUCAUUAGCUGCCCUUGCAAUUUUAUGGUAAAAUAAACAUAAGGACUCACUAAAAUUUUGUGGCAAUUCACUGGCUUCAUGUGUUGCAUCAUUCGGGCUCUAGGAAGCAUCUUCACAUGUAAUGGUGGAGGAAGACUGAAAAUGGCUUCCCUGUAAAUGUCACUUAUGCUAUCAAUCGAACAUGCUCGAAGUUUCCUGGACAUAUGAGCAGUAAACGAUGAUUUAACAGUAAACAUUUUUUUACAACCUGUCACAGGACACACCUCAGGUCUUCCCUCACUAUAUGCUCUU